AUGGCUCUGGCCAACCUCACAUCCUCUCCAGAAUUCCUCCUACUCGGCCUGAUGGACGGAAGGGACCCCCACCCACUGUUGUUCCUGCUCUUCCUUAGCGUCUACCUGCUUAACACCCUAGGCAACCUGAGCAUGGUGGUGGUGGUGAGGUCCGACGCGGCCCUCCGGUCCCCCAUGUAUUUCUUCUUGGGUCACCUGAGCCUCGUGGACAUCUGCUUUACCACCGUCACAGUCCCCAGACUGCUGGCUUGCCUGCUCCGCCCAGGCCAGGCUGUGUCCUUCCAGGGGUGCUUUGCCCAGAUGUACUUCUUCGUGGCUCUGGGCAUCACCGAGAGCUACCUGCUCGCAGCCAUGUCCUACGACCGCGCAGUGGCCGUGUGCAGGCCCCUGCACUACGGCGCGGUCAUGACGCCCUGGCGCUGCGGGGCGCUGGUGGGGGCGUCCUGGGCGGUGGCCCACCUGCACUCGCUGCUCCACACGCUGCUCAUCUCCGCGCUCUCCUACCCCCGCUCCGCCCCUGUGCGCCACUUCUUUUGUGACAUGACAGUGAUGCUGAGCUUGGCGACCUCGGACACAUCUGCCGCGGAGUCUACCAUCUUCUCUGAGGGCCUGGCGGUGGUGCUGACCCCGCUGCUGUUGGUGUCCCUCUCCUACGCGCGCAUCCUCGUGGCGGUGCUAGCAGUGCGGUCCACGGGCGGCCGGCGGCGCGCCUUCUCCACCUGCGGGGCCCACCUGGUGGUGGUGUCGCUUUUCUUUGGCUCUGUCCUCUCCGUCUAUUUCCGGCCGUCCUCCGCCUACUCCGCCCGCUACGACCGCCUGGCCAGCGUGGUCUAUGCUGUGGUCACGCCGACCCUGAACCCUUUCAUCUACAGCCUUCGCAACAGAGAGGUCAAGGGUGCACUAAAAAGGGGGCUCGGAGGGAGGGCUGCACCCCAAGUCACGUGA